UUAUAUGUUAAUAAACAUCUCUAUCCUUUUCCAUUUUUCAGGGUUUACAAUGAAACGAUAGAUAUUCGAAAAGCAAGAUGGCAUCCAGGCUCUACGAAUGAUUCUCAUUUGCUAAUUUUAACAUCCGAAAAUACAUUUCGCUUGUACGAAUGCGAAUUGGGUAACAAGCCAAGGCUGAUAAGAAGUUGGAAAGUUGGCCGUGUACCGUUCGGUUCACCAUCCAAAAUACCAGAUUUCACCUCUUUAGGCGACACAGCGGUGGAUUUUGAUUUCGCUACACCUACUCUCUGUAAACCAGAAAUUUUCAUCGGUAAAGAUAUCAAUAAGGAUAACGUUGUCGAUUGGAAUCAAAUUGAAUGGCCCAUUCUUGUUCUACGUGGAAAUGGAGAAGUACGCAUUGUUCGUGGCAACAUAUUGCAUGAUACUCAUGAAAAUCCAGUGGUAUCAGAAUCACUCUCUAUAUAUCCUCCAGUCGACGACAAUUACGGAAUAGAUUCUUGUUCCAUAAUGUGUUUACAAACUACCCCUCCGAUAGUAAUUAUUGCCACGUGUACUGGAAAGAUUUAUCACGCGAUUUUGUUGAAAGAUGAAUUGAUCGAUGACGAUAAUGAUAGAAAAUCUUGGUCACAAUAUGAUUCUACGUAUAAUCUUUACACACCAGAAGAGGCUUUAUACGUUUACGAAUGCGUCGAAAUAGAAUUAGGGCUUUUUUUCGCGGAUGAAGAUGAAAAAUAUAAUUGUCCGAUACAUAUUCGCGCUGACAAGGGUAAUAGAUCAAGGUAAAUUUUUACGAUUGAAUUUAGUGAAAUGGAAACUCAUAUUACAUCCCUAUCGAUUCUUUCUUUCUUUUUAUUUUCAUCUAUCGAAUAUCUAACGUUCAAAAAUUCUUUCUUGUUGUAAAAUUUAUUAAUAGUUAUUAUUUAUCAAAUAAUUG